ACAUGAUGUUUCAUAAGAUCUACAUCCAGAAGCACGACAAUGUCAGCAUCCUGUUUGCAGACAUCGAGGGUUUCACCAGUCUGGCCUCGCAGUGCACAGCGCAAGAGCUGGUCAUGACUCUCAACGAGCUUUUUGCCCGCUUUGAUAAGCUGGCAGCGGCUGGUUCGAGAGGUGACCGGGGUGAAUGUGAACAUGCGCGUUGGGAUCCACAGCGGCAGGGUGCACUGCGGGGUUCUGGGACUCAGGAAGUGGCAGUUUGACGUCUGGUCCAAUGACGUCACAUUAGCAAAUCAGAUGGAAGCUGGAGGAAAAGCUGGACGKAUUCAUAUCACCAAGGCCACCCUGAAUUAUCUGAAUGGGGACUAUGAUGUGGAACCAGGAGCAGGAGGAGAAAGAAACGCCUACUUGAAGAGGAGCAACAUAGAAACCUACCUCAUUGUGGGCUGCAGCCAGAAAAGAAAAGAAGAAAAGGCRAUGAUCGCCAAAAUGAGCAGACAGAGAACGAACUCUGUCACCCACAACAGCGGCCACUGGACCGACCGGCCCUUCUACAACCACCUGGGUGGACCCCAGAUCUCCAAGGAGAUCAGGAGGAUGGGCUUUGAGGACCCCAAGGACAAUACUCCAAACAGGUGGACACCAGGUUUGGAGCCUACGUGGCCUGUGCCUCCCUCGUCUUUCUCUUCAUCUGCUUCAUCCAGAUCGUCAUCGUCCCACCCUCAAACCUGAUGAUUGGCUUCUUUGUCACCUGCUUUAUCAUCUUGAUGGCCGUCAUGUUCGUAUCAGCCGUGUACUCCUGUUUUGUGAUCUUCCCAGUCCCACUUCAGAGUCUUUCCAAGAGAAUAGUCCAGUCCAGACUCAACAGCACYUUAGUCGGUGUCUUCACCACCAUCAUUGUUUUUCUCUCUGCUUUCAUUAAUAUUUUCACCUGCAGCAGUCAGGAAGUGCGCAGCUGCAUCAGGUCAGAGCUGAACAUCAGCCUGAACAGGGUGAGCGCCUGCCACGCUGUGCUGCUCAACGUCAGCCUGGACUCCCAGCACAGCCCCUGUGGAGAGAACACGCUCAUCUGCAGCUUUCCUGAGUACUUUACAUGCUGUGUUCUGCUGAGUCUGCUGGCCUGCUCCGUCUUCCUGCAGGCCAGCAGCAUUGGGAAACUCUUCCUCAUGCUUUGCAUCGAGUUCCUCUACCUUCUCAUUAUGGAGGUGCCCAAAGUGAACCUCUUUGACAACCAGGACCUGCUGGUCAUGGCCAACGCCAUACACUUUGACGAGCACAUCAAUGGGACAAGCUGUGUGGUGGACACCAAGGUUCCUCUGAAGAUCAUGACCCCAGUGGUGAUCACAGUCUUUGUCCUCGCCCUGUACCUUCACGCUCAGCAGGUGGAAUCCACAGCCAGGCUCGACUUCCUGUGGAAGCUGCAGGCCACGGAGGAGAAGGAGGAGAUGGAGGAACUUCAGGCCUACAAUCGGCGUCUGCUCCACAACAUCCUGCCCAAAGACGUGGCCGCUCACUUCCUGCAGCAGGAGCGGCGCAACGACGAGCURUACUACCAGUCCUGUGAGUGUGUCGCAGUCAUGUUCGCGUCCAUCAGCAACUUCUCCGAGUUCUACGUGGAGCUGGAGGCCAACAAUGAAGGAGUGGAGUGUCUGCGACUUCUUAAUGAAAUCAUUGCUGAUUUCGAUGAGAUCAUUAGUGAAGAUCAGUUCCGUCAGCUGGAGAAGAUUAAGACCAUCGGCUCCACCUACAUGGCGGCCUCCGGCCUCAACGACUCCACGUACGACAAAGUUGGACGUUCACACAUCCGUGCGCUGGCUGAUUACGCCAUGAGGAUGAUGGACCAGAUGAAAUACAUCAAUGAACACUCCUUUAAUAACUUCAAAAUGAAAAUAGGUCUUAACAUUGGUCCUGUAGUUGCUGGGGUGAUCGGGGCCAGGAAGCCUCAGUACGACAUCUGGGGGAACACAGUAAAUGUAGCAAGUCGAAUGGACAGCACAGGUGUUCCAGAGAGGAUCCAGGUAMCAUCAUUUUUACACCUCCUGUAAAUUCACAUCAGCCAACGGUUUGUAAGAAAAUUUAGUGUUUGUUAUCUGAAAUCAUGACGAAACCACCUGAAUGUUGAAUAGAUUAAAAUGUGAAGAGAUGGACCAUACAACACCAGUGACUGGAGUGAACGGUGCUUUAAUAUGAGGUGCCAUUUGUAAA